UCAACAACACAGAAGCGACCUCAGCCUGCCAGCCUCUACCCCGAUCCCCCGUCCACGUUCAGCCUGCCCCCACCUCGCCCCCGACCGAACGCCAUUACUUCAAGUCAACGCGAACAUGUCCACGAAAUGCCCAAAAUGUUCUCUUUAACUCGGACGGCGGUGAAGUAGUUCCACUUUUAAAGUCUGACAGGCAGGAGUUAGCGUCGCCGGGGAAGUUUUUCCACCCCGGUUUUUGUUCAGAAAGCUCAGCUCUGAGGGGAAAGGAGCGAGCGUAUGAUGUGGAUCUGGUACAUUCUACUCGGCUCGAGGACAGUUGAGAGCCAGCUGCUUCCAGGGAAUAACUUCACCACAGAGUGCAACAUCCCUGGAAAUUUCAUGUGUGGCGAUGGGAAGUGUGUCCCAGGAGGGUGGCAAUGUGAUGGAUUGCCCGAUUGCUUCGACAGGAGUGACGAGAGAGGCUGCCCUAAAGUCAAGUCAAAGUGUGCACCUACAUUCUUUGCCUGUGCCAAUGGGGUCCACUGCAUCAUUGGACGUUUCCAGUGUAAUGGUUUUAGUGACUGCCCUGAUGGGAGUGACGAAGAAAACUGCACAGGUAACCCCUUGGUGUGUUCUGAGGCCCGCUUCAAAUGUCGAAACGGCCGCUGUGUAGACCGGAGUUUUUUGUGUAACGGUCAGGACAACUGUCAGGAUAACAGUGACGAGGAGCUCUGCCUGAGUACAGAAGAAGCUCCCGGCCAGGACUUUGUGACGUUGGACUAUCGUCUGCGGUACUACCCCAGCAUCACUUACGCUGUCAUCGGGAGUGCCAUCAUCUUCGUUUUGGUUGUAGCGUUGUUGGCCUUGGUGCUUCAUCACCAAAGAAAGAGGAGUGUUCUGCUUCCCACUGGGGUAAGAGGAGGCCCUCACCACCACCAACCGUUGCUGCUGUCCCGCUUGGUCAUCUUGGAUCACGGCCACAUGCAUCCUGGUGGUCCAGGGCUCUCUCCUCCUGGCUCCCCAUCUUUAGCCAACCAGCAUAGCUCAUCUACUCAGAUGCUGCAAAUCCUGUCUGAUACUCUUUGUCCUACUGCACAGCCAGUGGAGACGCCUCCAUCAUACUCUCAGGCCGUCAUGGAUGUCAGUCGGCCUCCCUGGUUUGAUCUCCCACCUCCUCCUUACCUGUUAGAUGGGGAAGAAGCUUCUGAGGGAACCCUGGCCCACAAUGAGAGCCCUUCUGCGUCGCCCACCCUCAGAACUAUGUCCUCAAACAGUCAGUCCAGUUCAAAUUUUAGACAGAUAGCGGAUCAGCUUUAGCCAAUCUCUUACUGGCUCACUGCUAGCUAUUGCAGGACUGCACAGCCGCACAUUCCACAGCGCAGACCUGAUGACAACGCACCUACUAAAGACUGAACAACUCCUUUGAGAAGUCACUUCAUCCUGAAACUCAGUUUUGUGUGUUGGCUUCCCCUGGUGGACGUUUUUGCAGAGCUGCAUGCAGUAUCCUUCAUUUUAAAACAGUGGUUCUUAACCUGGGUUCGAUCAAACCCUAGGGGCUCGGUGAGUCAGUCUCAGGGGUUCGGCAGAGCCUCCUCUGUAGAGAGGACCGAAC